AUGAAGAAGGAAGUGGCUGGUGUUAAGUGCCGUAGGAAGGUCACGUACAAUGACGCCAGAGAGAGGCCACUAGAUCAGGCAACCCACGAACCAGUGGCUUUGUACGAGGUGCCUUCAGAGGAGCUGGGCAAGCGGAAGCCUGACUUCACCCACUCUGCACCCGGGGCAAACCCAAGCUCUGCCAACUUUCCCGGCCGCCCCCCUCCAAUGCGCACCACAGCCCAAACUUUGCAGCUCGCCCACCUGGCUGCGCAGAGGAGCGAGGUGUCCGGGACACCGGGUGCCCCCACCGGGACGGGCGGUGGCGCUGACCUUCACGCCAGCAACCCCGGCCCCCGACCCCCGAGCCUGGCGAUCGCCGCCUCCCGCCCCCUCCCCCGAACCUCCGACAGCCUGCCCCCGGGGCCCCUACAGCAGCAACCCCCCACCACCUCACCGCAAAACCUCUCGCGGGAAACCUGCGCUGGAGGCGGCUGCAGCUCGCCCUCGCAUGUCACGACUCCCCACGACCCUCUGGGCCCCGGGAGAGCCCGGCUCCCAGCUCCGGCCUCCCUCCGGCGGCGCCUACUCACCAUUGGUGAAAGGCUCCAUUAUUUGCGGCCCCCUCUGCCCCGGGCCGCGGCUCCUGAGAGCGGGAGCGCGCGAGCUUCCUCCUCCGAGAGCUCCGAGCGGCCCCGCGUACUGAGCAUGCCCGGCGCGGCGCCCAGGGCUGCCAGGGAGGUGCCGCGAGGGGCGGUGCCGCUCCGCCCUCUCUGGGAUCCGCCACUCCGGGUUUUGCAGGCAGCUGCAGAGAGAGCCGGGCAAUCUAGGCGGGGCGGCUCCUGGGAGGGGCGUGUCCAGAACAAGCCCCGCCCCAGGCAGGAAGGCCGGCGGGCAGGCUCGCACUCUAGUUCUCUCCGGUUCAGCACUCCGAACCGCGCUCAGUCCCUUUAA